AUGAGUGACAUCAGUUAUCCAGUAAGGGAAAUAGAUUACAUUAGUAGUUUACAUGAUACAAUACUGUGUCAUAUACUCUCUUUUCUACCAACAAAGUCUGCUGUAAAGACCUGUGUGUUAUCAAAAAGAUGGAAGAAAGUGUGGAAUCAAGUACCCGUACUUGAUUUCACGGAAAUACCAGAUGAUUAUCAUCCAUUGUGCAACGGUGCAAAAAAUUCGUAUAAUAAAUUUGUCAACAAGGUAUUAGCUGAGAAAAAUGCGUUAUAUUUGAAGCGUUUUUGUUAUAAAUUUUCCUGUGAUGAUGACUGUGAUUACUACGACUCUUGGUUAAAUGCUGCAAAACAACGUGAAUGUUAUGAAAUUGGUUUGAAUUUCAUAUUAGGCGCAAGUCAAAUUUACAAAUUUAUGGAAAUGAUGUAUGGAAAGGGAGUGAAGAUAUUGAAACUAACGGGUGUGAAAAUGAAUGAUACACCAGAGUCUUUUCAUCUACCAUCCCUUGAAAUUGUUCGCUUUGUUAAAGACGAAUUUUACGGUGACUAA